AUGUCACUGGCAGAGCCGUGUGAAGAAUCUAAAACUGGCAUCAAGCAUGUGCUGGGUGAGCCGACGCUGGAGGGGCUGUCAAACUACAUCAAAUUACACAAUAUUCGUAAAAUACUUUGCCUGGUGGGUGCUGGCGUUAGUGUAGGCGCGGGGAUUCCAGACUUUCGUUCAGACAAGGUCGGUAUCUACUCGAAGCUGUCGAAGUACAAUCUAAAAGACCCCACCGAAGCGUUUUCCUUAGCCUUGCUGCGCGAGGACCCCACGAUCUUCUACUCCAUUGUAUCAGAAAUGAACCUCUGGCCGGGGAGCCACAAACCCACGGCAGUGCAUCACUUUAUUAAGCUUCUGGCUGACGAGGGACGGCUUCUGCGCUGCUGCACGCAGAACGUUGACGGCCUGGAGUGGAGCGCGGGGCUGCCGGAGGAGCUUCUCGUGGAGGCCCACGGCACCUUUCAGACCUCCAGCUGCAUCGACUGCAAACAAAGCUUCGAUACCGCGGAGCUCCGACGCGAAAACGCGGACGGCGCCGUCUGGCACUGCCCCUCCUGCGGCGGCAUCAUCAAGCCGGACAUCGUGUUCUUCGGCGAGCAGCUCCCGGAGCGCUUCUUUGACGUCUUCACGCACGACACGAAGGAGGCGGAUUUGGUGCUCAUCAUCGGUACCUCCCUGGAGGUGCGGCCCUUCGCCCUACUGCCGAUGUACGUGCGGCCUUCGAUCCCGCGCGUGGUGUUCAACCUUCACCGGGUCGGGGGCAGGAUGUUUUACCUCCCAGAGGACGAUCUGAGAAAUGAACGGGCGCAGGAUUGGAACUCGUCGUUCUCCUCCGCCACCGGGGGCAUGGACAACGAAGACGACGACUUCGUCAUCGGGGACACGCCCAACGACGGGGGCGAUGUGGAUAGACAACAGGGGGAUUACGAUCACGACCGUAGGGCGUUAGGUGAGAGGGACCCUCGUGAUGGAGAUAGGGACUCGGUCUCGAGCACCAGUAGUAGCGAAGGGUUCAUUAUGGAUCACCAGGAAGCACUCCGUCGACCCGACGUCUGUCGUGAUUUGCUCAUCAGGGGCGAUUGCCAAAAGACGAUUACGCGUUUUGCGGAGUACUUAGGACUUGGGGAGAGCCUUCGUAAUGCACUUCUCAGGAAGAAUCGAUCUAGGUUUUGA